GGAAACAGUGAGUACAUGUAUAUUUAAACAACAGAGGUUAAGCGUUAGUGCAUCAUUGAUUAAACUACAGCACUGCAUUAGACACUGUUGUGAGGAAGAAAGCUGCCUUAACAUUAGUAACUUUAUGACGUCAACUUGACAUGUUGUAUCAACAUGCUCUGAGUUGCUAACUCAAAAAAGACCCAACAUGGCAACGCCGGUGUCUGUGCUCCGCCUGCCAAAGGGACCUGACCCCAACAGCCGUGGAUUUGACCCCAAAUCUCCCCGUUUCAUCGCUCUCUGUCGCACCUCCAUUCCCACUUCUGCGGCGUCCGACGCGGACGGCGAGCAGCUGCCGAGAGAGCAGCACGCCCGUUCUGUGCUGAGAGAGAGUUUCCUCCGAUGUCUCCUCUCCAUGACCAGCAAGAAGGUUCAGUUUCACAUGCAUGAGAGGGUGAAGGUGGAGGCCACGUUUGGAGCGUCCGACAUCGACGUGCUGAACUUUCAGGUGUCGGACCUGCACACUCCCAUCGGGGUGCAAAAAGAGGCCCUGAUCAGGUGUCAGGAUGUGAUUUCAUUCACUUUUGAUGCAUGAACACUUGAGGCUUUUGUUUCCUGUUUAAAUAGAAAAUGUUACUUUGGAUCAGAGGCACUUGGGAGUCUCAUUUGUUAUUGCAAGUGAGCUCUAUUUUCACACUGUGAAACAAUUUAUAAAAUUGGUUAUAUUUCUGCAGGUGCGGUUGUACAUUGCCGUUUUCAAUCCUGUCUGUAUAGUUCAGCCAAUCAAUCUGCUCUGUGUGACUGCUUUCAAAUGUCCAACACUGACGAGUAGUCCCAUUUUUUCAGCACAAGAGGGAGUCGUAUGCCUGUGUUUCAAGAGAGAUGUGAAGGUUUGCACUAGUAUUGGGUGAUGUCAGAUUUUUGACAAAGCAUUGACCAAAAUUCUGAUAAUAUGAUGUUUGACUAUUAGUGCUUUCAGAAUAUAUUUACCCACAAUAACAUCUGGAAAGCAACUGUAUGUAAUAGCUGAGCAGGUCAUUUCUUUCAGCUAGAACAACUAAGUUGAGCUACUAAGUUCGAAAGCUGCAGCCUUUAAGAGCAGGAAAUCAAACAACCAAACCAAUAUUUAACCUUACAUCACGAUUUAUCAGUAUGUCUGCUCUACACUCUGAGACUUUCUGUAGGUUGUCAGCACUGUUAUCUUCCUUGUGAGAUGCAGAAAGAGGUUGUUACUGUGCUGGUACUCGAGUUGGCAAGUUUUAUAUUUUGUCAUUUCAUUCUUUAACUAAAGCAAAUGAAACAUUGCAUUAAACGUUUCUUUUGAGUUAACCACUUUUGUAUUUCAAUGUCCAUUUUGUGUUUUGUUUGGAAAAAUGAUUGAGACACCUGAAGAGAUUGCUGUUUGAUAAAGAUUGAUGUUGCUUAAGAAAAA